AUUGUCUGCUCGCGCUGAGUAGAUGAUGCUGAAAUCAGAUCAAUGAGCAAACACAGGUGUUGAGCGCGAGUAUAGUUGAACAAAACGGGCUUUGUCUUUGCGCCAUCCUCAGGGGAAAUAAAGCUUAAGCGUGUAUCUACUGUCAUAUGACCAAUUAUUGCUGUCAAUCUGAGGCAUGCUGAGCUUAUAAAGCCUUUGCUCUAAGAAUAACCGCAUCCCUCGACCUGUCCUCCCCCCUGCUGCAGUACUCAGCUAGGAUGGCUGCUGACUCCACCAUGACAUCUGAAGUGGAGGAGCUGCAGAGGAGGGCCAAUCAGGUGACAGAUGAGUCCCUUGAGAUCACCAGAAACAUGAAGCUUUUGUUGGAGGAGAGUAAAGAUGCAGGGAUCAGGACGCUUGUUAUGCUGGAUGAGCAGGGAGAGCAACUGGAGAGGAUUGAGGAAGGGCUGGACCAGAUCAACCAGGACAUGAAGGAAGCUGAGAAAAACCUUACAGAUCUGGGCAAAUGCUGCGGUCUGUGCUCCUGUGAUAAAUUAAAGGACUUCGAAGCAAGUGGGGCAUAUAAGAAGGUGUGGGGUAAUAAUCAAGAUGGGGUGGUGUCAAGCCAGCCCUCGCGAGUGGUGGAUGAGAGAGAGAAGAUGACCAUGAGCGGUGGAUAUAUUAGAAGAGUGACAAACGAUGCAAGGGAGGAUGAAAUGGAGGAAAACUUGGCUCAGGUCGGCAGUAUCCUUGGCAACCUCAGAAGCAUGGCACUUGACAUGGGCAAUGAAAUAGACACUCAGAAUGUCCAGAUUGAACGCAUACAGAGCAAGGCCAUGGUCAAUGAAUCCCGCAUCAAUGAGGCCAAUCAGAGGGCCACUAAGCUAAUAGCAAGAUAAAAACAUGGGAUUUUCCUUUGUUAAACAUGUUUACAGUCUUCUGUAAGAAAAUGUGGACGCAUAAUGACAAAUUAUUAGGUUAUCCAUCUUUUAAAUGACUAUUUAUGGAACUUGGAUUAUUGCCUACUGAUAUGACAGUAAGUUCAUAUUAUUUUGUUCCAACAAAAUAGCUCUACAAUAUAUGUUAAGGAAAAAUGGAAUGAAUGUAAAUAUACUGUCACUAGUCUGUGCUAUAUUUGUAAUUUAAGCAUGUAUUGUACAUAAAAUGUUUUAGACUGCUAUCUUGGUUUUUAAGCCUCCAGAACACUUGUCAUGGGUGAUAACAGCUCACUAUUCAGUGUCUUAAAGUUGUUUUGGUAAAUGUAUGUCUUUGUUCACUUUGAGUAACCUUUUUUAAAAAAUAAAUCCAUAAAUCCAAA